UGUUAGUAGUGUGUAUGUGUGAGUUCUGGUUUGUGGCUGAGUUUGUUAUUCAUCGUAUCCAAAAAUUUAAGCAUGAUUUGUGGUCUAGAAAUUCGUUUUUAAGAUGUCUUUAAGCUCACUUUGAGUUUUAGUUACCUUAGAAUUAAAAAAGAUGCACGCUAAUUCAAAGAGAAUCGAAGCUUGAAUCAGAACAAAAUAAACUUAUAUAUUCAUCUAACUAUAAAGCUUUUUUUGUUAGCUUGAAUCCAUAAAUCCAACAUGAAUGAUGAAUCGUAUUUGAGAUGCAACGUGAAAUCGACAUGACAUGUGACGCUGGUCAAAGAGUCAUUCUACCAAUAUCAUUUAGAACCAAGUAACCAACAAGGUUCAAGAGAACAUUAUUGAGAAAUUAUGAUCUAUCAAAAAGAGUGAAGAGGGACAAGAGGCUAUUCGCCAAGUAAAUUUAUCAAUGCUGGGCCAAACUCAAAACCAAAUAACCCGAAAUAAUUUUUUCUUUUGUCACAUUUAACUGUAUUUCUUAUCAUUUCUUAUCAAAUAACCCAAACUUUCAUUUCUUAUCAACUGUAUUUCUAUUUCAACCUAUUCAUUGAUUGGUGCUUUCUACAUUUAGUCUUGAUACACAUUGAAGCUACAACAAAUUACCUAAGAAAUCUUAUUUAUAUAACACACAUAUCAUAACAAUGUUGUCAUGGAUUAAACCCCCUUACUUUCGAUGCAUUUUAUAUUAACAAGAGUGAAAUAGUUUACAAAUUGUGUCUUGUAUUGAAGCGCCUAAUUUGCAAGAGAUUAUGAGACGAAUUCCACACGAAUUGCAAGCUGAAAUUAUGCGAAGAAGAGCUUAGUGGCUUUUACGAAAGAUCUAGAGUCGGCUUGAGAAGUUGAAAGCUGGAAGCAAAAGAAAAAUAAAAAAAUUCUCCACAUGCUGCCGAGGUGAGCUGGGUCACACAUGGCCACUGGACUACGGAAGAAGGAAAGGCUCAUUUACUUGCUUGGUUAAUUCUUUCAAUCAAUUAGUACACUGGUUAAAGUUAAAACCCUUAAACCCAGAACACUUGGUCAUCUAAGUCUAGUAUAUUGACCACAUUUUCCGUCUCCACAUAAGAGUUCGAGCCAGAAUACCAGAUCAAUAGGUGGUAUGUUUAUACCACAAAGGCAAUCACCUUUAAGUCACUUCUGUUACUUUGAAACAAUAAAAUAAACUUGUCAUAAAUAUUUAUCACACUAUUUUCUAACAUAUCAAAACAAUAUUUUUUGUGCGGUGAUAAUUAAUACCGACAUGGAGAAGGUCGAUAAAGGAUAAGAUGAACAUAUAAGAAAAACAGGAUUGUGUUUGUGAAAGAGCAAGAAGACAAUGGUCAAAGUAAGAACGGAAAAACAACACGUGAAAGAUAAACACAUGUUUAUGUGUUGUAGGCGGAGAACACGUUGCUAUUUUUGUUCUCUCAAUGGACCCCAAACCGUCACGUUGUUAAGCCUUUCUGUUCGUUGUUUGUUUUUUCUGAUUCAGUUUAGUCCCACACACAUCAUGUGUCUUCCCACCAAUUUAAUUCAAUGUAACUAAACUAAUGUUUGUUCACUUACUUUAGCUUCUAUCUGUCGAAUUUAUUUCACUGUUCCCCUUAUUGUCAAAAACAAAUAUAUGAAGAUGAAAGCCUAACAAGCAACACUAUGACCUACAAGAUCGACAUUUGAGUUGAUUGACUUAAACCUGUUGACGUGAAAUGAAAAUAUCUUCUUAAUUAAGAAAGUGAUUACAUAAGGAUAUGCAACAAUCUAAGAGCAUCUCCAAAAAGACUCUAUUUUAGAGUUUACAAAAUUUUAUAUUUAAAGUUUCAAGGUGUUCUUCUCCAAAAGCAAAACUUCAAAUUUAACUUCAAAAUUAUUUGUAAUUUACACUAAAGUCCUUAAAUCUAUCAUAAUUAAUAUAAAUCCAUAAAACUUUUAUAAAUCACUAGUACAUAUAUAAAAAAUAUUACAGUAAUAUUAAUUAAUAAAAUCUUACACUAAAAUAUAAAAUUAUAAAUAGUAAUACAUAAUUAGUUAUUAAAGUACAAGCAAAAUAUCACAUUAUUCAAUAAAAUUAUUUCCGUAAUGAUCUACUUUCGAUUAAGCAAAAUUUGUUUGAACAAUAUUUUAGAGGUUCCAAAGAAAAUUUACUAGACUAUUAGUGUUGUUGUUCUAUUCAAUUUUGUGCAAUAAUUAUGUCUUCAUGUAUCUUUUCAAAAAAACUUUUUUUUAUUAGUUUCUUUUGUAAUAUUCUUGUUGUCCAAUUCUAGUUUUACAAUAGUAUAAAUCUCUUUUAAAAAUUUUAUUUAAUUUUAUGUGUAAAAUUUGAAUUUAUUAAAAAAAAUUGAAUUAUUUAUGAUAUACAAAAAUUUAAAAGAUUAAACGAUAAAUGAGAAACUACUUAAGAAUCAUAAAUGUGAUGUGUAAUUAAUUAUAAGGACCAAAAUACAAAUAAAAAGAUGAAACUUCAAAUUUGAAGUUUUGAGUAGUGAAGCUUCUUUUUUGGAGAACAAAAAACUCUAUAUUUGAAGUUAUAGAGUUUCUUUUGGAGAUGCUCUAACUAAGAGAACUUAGAUCAUUGGUACAAUCACAUAUGUACAUCUUAACCAACCCGGAUACCCAAUCAAACCUAACUUUACUUGUAAUUUUCUUCGUGUAUUUAGAAAAAUUCAUGAUUUUCACACCUAUAUCAUCCCAUUACAAGUCAAUGUCUGUUUAUUUUCUUUGCUCAUCUCGUUUACAAGAAUGACGCUUGGAAAAUCAAAACAACAAAACAAGCAUUCUACGUAAAAAAAACCCUAGUCUCUCUCGACUCCUUCUCUUAGCCGCCGAAAAAAAAAAGUUUCUCAGAUCUACCUCCGGUCCGGCGUAUGGCCGGUGCCGGAGGGUCCCCUCCUUCCUUCUAUCUUCUUUUCUCUUUGCCUCUUUCUCUCCGACCUUAACCUAAGACGAGAUACGUGUUGUUCUGGGUUAUCGGAGUGAUUCCGGAGACUUGUGUGGUCAAGGAAAAAUUUCACGGCGUUCUUGGAGGAGCAGUGAGUCGCAGGAAGGCGGAAGUGGGAGAGGUCGGCUUUUAGGGUUGAGAGGAGUUAACGAGUCGAUUUUCCGUUUUAGAUCUCCGACGCUCCUCUCACGGUGACAGCACGUGGCUCAGUGGGAGACCUCCUCCACCAUGGAUCUACAGUCUGGUGUGACGGUGUGCCAAACAGAGGUGUGAUGCAACAGUUGGUGAAGAUGGUUCUGGUCCUCGGUUCUCGGGGAAGACGCGUCGCAGGGUUUUGUUUCAACGGAGGAGUCUACCGGAGGACGAACUCUGCAGUGGGUACGCGGUGGAGCUUCACAUCCCAGCACCGACGGCGACGUCUCUGGGCUCGUCCGGUGUCUCGUUCGGCGGUGAAACUUCAUGACCAUUGUUCUUUUUUUACUGGUCCAUUCAAUGCAUGUUCGCCAAGCCCGACUUUCAGUACGGGUUCUAUCCGGGUUCAUGGCUAAGGAGCGGAUUCUGAACUUGACGGCGAUGGGUUUUUUUCUGAAUUUGCGCCGGCAAGGUGAUGAGAUGUUGGGCCGUGCAUAUCACUCUAAUAUUUUGGAGUCCAAUGUCAUAGGCUGAUCUGUAAUCCGGUUUUAGCUUUGUCAAUGUCGAGGUUUUAGAAUUAUCGUCUCGUUUGGUCUAAGUAGGGGUCAAGAGACGGUUUCUCUCGGAUCGUGGGAGAAAUUUGUUUCACUGUGGUGAAAAAUACACCGAUGAAUUAGAUUGGGUAGUCUAGGAUCCAUUCCAGUUUCGACUCCGUGUUCCUAGGCGAUAUUAAAUCUCGUCGGUUGUAUUUUGGGUUUAAAUCUCUUGAGGUUGUAAUCUUAUAUUCACUAUUGGUUAAUGAAAAGUUGUUGUUGAGCUAAAAAAAAAAGAAUGACGCUUGGAAAGAAAAAGUUGUUGAGUUAGACUUCUCAACAAACCCAUUAUUAAAAAAAAACAAGCACUCGCAUAUCGCAUGCAAUUAAAUAUGCACGAUAUCGAAGACAUAGUUCGUCGCCUACAACUGGCCAUUGGUUGGCAUUUACUAUUCUUUAGACGUUAGAAGUUGUGUCUUCGUGUGUGGUCCAUCAUUUUGUUAAAUUGGAUAUAAACUGUAGUGAACCAAAUCAUUUACUAUUCUUUAGACGUUAGAAGUUGUGUCUUUGCGUGUGGUCCCUCGUUUUGUUAAAUUGAAUAUAAACUAUAGGAAUCAAAUCAUUUACUUCUAUAGUAACUUCUUUGUAACUCAGGAAUUAAUUAAUGAAUUGGAGGGAAUCGUAGAUACGUUAUAGGUGCAAACAAUUCGAAUUAUCUGAUUCUCAGCAUUGGUUUAAUGUUUUAAUCGAAAAAUGCAUGUCUAAAACUUUUUAUGGAAAUAUUCAUUUACCUGUAGGCUUACUCGGAUGCUUCGACGAUCUGAAGUAACAUGUCGUCUCUACUGAUCACUAAAUAGAUUGAUUGUUUGCUUCAUCUAUUUUACAUUUGGAAAAUUCUAUCAAAAUACUACAGUUUUGUUUACAUUCUGGUUUAAAAUCAUGGAUAACAAUAUUUUAUCAAUUAUAGUACAGCUGUACAGGUAAUUUUGCAUUCAACUUUGUGAUAGUCCAUACCGCCUCAACCACGCUUAUAAUGCUUUGCACCGUCUACAUUCUUCAGUUUUGUACUGCUGCAAGCCUGCAACGUUUACUACCGUUCGGAUCGCGUUAUCUUUGUGAUACGAAGAUCAGCGUGCAUGAUCUUGAAUUAAUCCUAUAUAAAAAAGUUGAAGAUGAUGUUGUCAGAGGUUUCUUCGGAGUUGCAAUAACAUAAGCAUGCUAUAUUUGUCGGCCACCUUGAUUUCGAGUUCUUUCUGCUUCGUCUUUGUCUUCUCCUCCCACAACACUUAUCAGCAUAAACAGCAACUUAUGUCUCCAUUGUGUUUUCCUCCUUGACAUGCAUUUUAGUACCCAGAAUACUAUUUAUUUAUUUAAGGCAACUAUUAAAGCAAAUCAACAUAAAUAAUAUAUUGUCUCUAUCUUACUAUCUCUUACUAUCUUAGCUUUUUCUUUUAAUAAUUUUCUCCUUUUCAGAGUAAAUGCAUGACCUUAUUACUUUAAUCAUAAACCAUACAUGUAUUGUGUAGAUUUCGAUUAGAAAAUUACAUAAAAGUUUAGUAGCAACGAAUGACAUGUUGCACUUGCAUUGUCUAAUAUGUUUUCCAAGUGGAUUGCUCGAUCUGUAACUUGUUAAUAUGGUAUGGGUCCAUUAAAUCUCAAGAUAAUAUCUUAUUUUUUGGACUGUAUUUGAAAGGAUAUACAACAAGUGGUGCACCGUUAGUUUAAUACUUCACGUUCACGGAAGGUCAGAGAUCUCCAGGAAGCAAACAAAUAAAAUUUUAUUUUAUUUUGACAACAUACAUAUACCUUUAUAUAUGAUAGUUGCGGCGGAUUUUCCCCCCAAAAGUGACGUUUUCUUAAUAAGUAAAUACCAUAGGUCAUAGGUGGAUGGCAAGUGAAUAGAAGCAGCAAAAGUAUUUGAAAACCUAAUUAAUCAAUUAAAUAGUUGACAAAAAUUAAUUAAUUAAACAAUUCGUAACUUUUUUUUGUCAACUCAUGAAUUAGAAACUAUUAAAUCUAAUAAAAAUACCGCUGAUGAACAUUUUUUUUCUUGGUCAACAUUAUUCGUGAAUAGCCGUUCAACCUAAAAUAACAUUUUUUAUUUUUUAUUCUUCAUUCCCUCAAGGAUCACGUUGAGUAAAUAAUCUGUUUUAUUACCUAACAAAAGAACAAAAAGUUAUAUUUAUAGUAGAGGUGGUGGUGGAGGUGGUGGAGGUGGUGAAGGCACGUCAAUAGUGCAAUCUUCUAGCAAAAAAAACAUAAGUGAGUCCGGACAACUGGAGUCUUUGGUUCUCUGUUGGAGAUCGUGGACCAACAAUUUCGCGACACGUAAGGUUCACAAGUUAGCCCCACCAAAGAUUUAGUUCUUCAAGUUUAGAUGCGCAAGUGAUAAGUGAAUAGUAGUGAUGAACCUCUCUUUCAAUCUCAUGUCUCAUAUCAACUUCUUUGGACAACAAACUCUGUCGCUACGCGCUACUAACUCGCUUCCAAUUUUCAUUUAUUCGGUUCGCUAAUUUUAGAAUCCAUGAUUUGCGUACACAGUACACACACUGUACUGCCGAUGGACCCUCGUCGACAUUGAUGAUUGAAAAUGUUUAAGCGCUAAUUAUUAGUUGGACGAUAAAAAAAAGAUUUAAAAUGGUUAUGGGCUUAUUAAUAAUAGAUAUACAAUUUUGAACGACACGGAGACAUGCAUGCAGCUUAGUGGUUUUUAUUAGUACGUAUCGUUAUAUCCCAUCUGAUUUCACAUUUGUAAGAAUACAAUGUUACAUGUUCUUUGAAUGAUAUAUUAAAACGAAUUUUUUAGAAUAUAUUUUACAUGUUAUUUGAAUGAUACUUAUAAAAAUAUUUAUUUUUACUAUAAUGGAUAUAAAAACAGAAGCCUGCAUAAUUCCAUCUUAUUCAAGUACUCUGAUUUUAUAUAUAGUAUAUUAUGUGUUAACUUAAAGUUCUAAAAAUGAGAUGUAUAUUGAUAUUUUCAGUGUUCUAAAAAUAAUGACAGAGCAGUCAUAAAUAAAACGAAUUUUCUAAAACAAUUUUGUAAAAAUGGGUUUAGAAGACCUAAACAACACUAUGUAAGCUCAAGAUGUGAACGAUGUUUGAAUUACAUAGGCUGUGGCCUGUAUCUCUUAUAUACUAAAGCGCAAGUCGCUUCGCAAAUCAAAAAUUGAUAUGUGGCAAACUUUUGUAAAAAAAAAAUUGUGCCAAUAAAAAGAACAUGUUUCGACUCCCAUUAUUUCUAAACAUGUAAAAACUAAAUUCCUAGAAUUUCUCAGAUCACCAGCACGUUCGAUUCAAAUAAAAUAAAUAAUUAUCCCUAAAGUUCAAUACGUUCUGAUUCCUAAAUUUUCUCAUACUAUGUUUUCAGUUUCAACUCUUAUAUAACUUUUAAGCAACUACUUUUAAUCUCCAUCUCUUUUUUUCUCCAUCGUUUCUUCUUCAUCUUUAUCUUUGUGUUUUAACUUUUGAAUGUAGCAAAGAAAUCUACACAAGUUUAUGUGUCACUUUUAUUCACAUUCAUCAUUCUCUACUUUACAGUUUAACACUCUGAUUUUUUAAAUUUUUGUGCAUGAUUCAGGAUGAAAGUGGUAUUUAAGAAUAUUCAUGUUUCAAAACUUCAUUCUUAAGAAGAAAUAAACCCAUGCUUUGUCAGCAACUUAGAAAACUGUAAGUAUAUCUGAAUCUACUAUGUAUAAACUGAGCAGUAACAAAUCUGUUUGUUACGGUUUGACUAUUGCACAAAUAUGUUUUCUUAUAACAACAUAUUCAACUAUUUUUUCUUAUCGUUUAAGCUCUAGGUUAGUUUUGGAUGCAGAGAAAAAUGAAGGUGAUAGAGAAGAAUCUAAAAAUGCAAAUUCAAAAAAAUAAUCUAAAAUGUGUUUUUUUUAAUUGAGCAUUCAUCUUUCUACUGGGUUUGGAUAUCAAAGGUAUGUAUAAAUAUUCUCAGUACAGUUCAAUGCUUUCUUUCUAUUAUUUUUGUUUCACUUUUAUUAUAUCAAAAGCUACCUGUGCGUAGCACAGGGGUGGUUAUACUAGUUAUGGAUAAAGCAAGUGAAAGUUGUUAGUCGAAAAUAAUGAUUCAAAAUUUUAUAAGGUUUAGCCAGGUGGCAAACAAAAAAAUUUGGGAAAAUUUAUGUCUUUCACGAUAUAUACUAGUUAGUUGUAGUAUAUAUAGAAGAUCAAGUAUUUCAACUAAUCCACGGAUUUUGGGUUUAGAUAUCAAAUUCUAGAGUGUGUUCUGAACUGCGAUCAAUUGAGAGCAAGUGGUGAAGACAUCUCGACUACUGUGCUUUGGUUAGAUCAAUAAUCGAUCUAUUUCUAGUGACGUUGAGUAAAUCGGAUUAAAGAGAUCUAGGCAGAUUGUUUGAGUGAUUCUUAAUAUACAAGUUGCUUUUUUUGGUAUUGUUAUUGUUCUGUCUAUUAUUAGUAUCUAUCACAAAUUGCAUAACUAUCAUCUAACGGUUUUUUGAACAUUGGUAUUUUCAAAUAAAAGAUCAAGAAUUCGAAGUAGUUAAUCGUACAAACUACUUUGCCAUCAAACUCACUUUUCGGCGAAUUAUCCAGAAUAUACUCGUUAUACAAUAUACCAUAAGUUUACAACCAUCAACAUUGUUUAUUAUGCUACCAUUGUUUCAUUAUCUGAAUUCAAAUCGGACAUAGAGUACAUAUGUAUCUGUAAGUUGAUAAACAAAGAAAAAGUUCGACGAAUAUGAUUGGCUUGCUACGAGUUUGGUUAAAGUAUCACGAUUGCAAGAAUAGUACAUGAUUGGAAGAUUAUCACCGAAUAUUCCAUGUCUGAUCGUGUAAUCAACUCCAGUCAACAAACAUAGAACUAUAACGCACACACAACCAACAACAAAAGUCAACAGAACAAACGUCCGAAAAUCAAUCGACACGUUUAGUUAGUUUGCCGUUCCCACGAUUCGUCGGAGAGAUCUCAUCACACAUCACACUAAUGACUUCAAAACAGUAAAGUAAAACAACCGUUUAUUUUGUUGAAAUUCAAAGAAAAAAAUUGACAAAAAUAACUGACAUUGCUUAAAAACAUGAGCCAUUGACUUAUCAAGUUUUAUCCUUUUCGGGUAACGAAUCAACGGACCUGAUCAGACCGCAACUUGUUCCUUAAGGGAUAACAUGGAAAGUACUCGGUUUCUUACAAAACAUCCCGAGAACUUCUCCAAGUGUCGUACUGACGUCAUCAAACUGUUUCUUCUAAUUAUCCAUUUGUCUAACUAAAAAUACAUUUAAACUUAUAUUUCCCAAGUGGGAAACUUUUUUAAAAUGGCUUCACGAUUUCAAAAUUCAGAAAGACAAGUAGAAAAGAAACGUCCACGUCGGAAACUAAUAUAAUUCCAACUUUAUUUCUCGUUCACAUUUAGCAAUUCGACACACCUAUAAAUAUAGCGUCGUGUGUCAUUGAGAAUUUACACACGAAAGUUAGUUCAAAGCAGAUAUGGAGAAACAGAGCACUUCUUCUUCAUCAUCAUCAUCUUCUUCUUGGAUUCGAGGUUCUUGUAUUGGAAGAGGAUGUUUUGGAACCGUAAGCAAAGCCGUGAGCAAAAUCGACGGUGGAGUUUUCGCCGUGAAGUCAGUAGAUCUCGCCACGUGUCUCCCUUCUCAAUCCGAGUCGCUGGAGAACGAAAUCGCGAUCCUCGGCUCUCUCAAGACUCACCCGCAUAUCGUGAGGUUCCUCGGCGAUGACGUGUCUAACGAAGGAACGACGUCGUUUAGGAAUCUCCACUUGGAGUAUUUACCCGAAGGUGACGUGGCUAACGGUGGUAAAAUCGUUAACGAGGAAACAGUCGGGCGUUACGUUUGGUGUCUCGUCUCUGCUCUCGGUCACAUUCACGCUAACGGAAUCGUUCACUGCGACGUGAAGUCGAAGAACGUUCUCGUCGCUAACGGCGGAAGCUCCGUUAAGCUGGCGGACUUCGGCUCGGCGAUGGAGUUUGAGAAACCGGCGGCGGAGAUUGCGCCGCGUGGAAGUCCGCUCUGGAUGGCUCCGGAGGUGGUGAGGAGAGAGUAUCAAGGACCGGAGAGCGACGUUUGGUCUCUCGGUUGUACGGUCAUCGAGAUGCUCACCGGAAAGCCAGCGUGGGAAGACCACGGUUUCGACUCGCUGAGUCGAAUCGGGUUUUCAAACGAGUUGCCGUUUAUUCCGGCGGGUGUUUCGGAGCUCUGUCGCGACUUCUUGGACAAAUGCUUGAGGCGAGACAGGAGUCAGAGAUGGAGUUGCGAUCAGCUUCUCGAGCAUCCGUUUCUAUGUCAAGACCAUCAUCACUCCUUGUUCACUACCGAGUCGUCUCCGCGUUGCGUAUUGGACUGGGUCAACUCGGAGUUCGAGGAGGAGGAAGAGAUCGAUGAGUUGAGAGUUGAAUCUAUGGUCUCAGCGAUGGCAAGGAUAAGUAAACUAGCGACGAUCGGAGGAGAGGCAAUUUGGGAAUCUAAUGGUUGGACUGAGGUUAGAGGCAAUGCUUCCGAAGAGUCAGGGGCACAAUGGGAAUAUUUGAGUUCAUUAAGGGUAGAAUCGGAAUUAAAUAUGUCACCGGAGUCUACCGAGUCGGGUACACGGACGGUGAAUGAAGACUCGGAGUUGACGUCGGUGAUAACGUGUGAAAUAUUGUUGUUGAUGGUGUUAUUGGUGGUAGAGAAUAUUCAGAUAUAUGCCACGUUUUACACCGAUGUUUUUAUUCGUACUCUGUAUAGUUGUUAUCAUCAUCAAAAUAAUAAUAAGACGAAGUUGCGCAAAAAUCUAUCGUUCGUUCUCAGCCUUAACUUUUUGUUCGGUAUUGCAUGUGAUUCGGAUCGGUCUAUCUAUCUCAUAAAAACUCUUUUACGUGGUGCGAUGAGUGUCCUAACUCUCAACUGUUACUUCCUUUUGUUGAUAACUCUCACUUGCACAACUCAAUCUUGGUUUGGUAGCUUCUUGACCAAAUAUUUUUUAUAGGUCACAAGAGAUGAACUAAGACCACGAAAUUAGUAAUGAUUAAUUAGGCCUAAUUGUUAUGAGGGGUUACCAUGAAAUUUGUCAGCAUAACGUUAAUGUUGUUGUUGGUAUAAAUAAAGUUGUUAGGUCAAAUAGUCGAUGUGAGCUAUAAACUUUGAUCAGUUUAGAAAAAAUAAAAAUAAAACAGGCAAUAAACAAG